AUGAAUACGAAAGAUGUUAAAUAGGCACUAUAAAAAUAUUAGCCAUAAUUGGAUUAGGAUUACCAAAACAAAUUACAAAUAGCUAAAUACACAAAUUUGUCUGAUAUCGAAAAAAGCAACUUUUUAUAAAUUUCAGGUGUUGAAUAAUAAAAUGUAUGCUUUCUAUUUAAUGGGAAUAUUUAAGAUCAGUUUGACAAUACUAGGAUCACUUAUCACACUAUAAAUAGUUUAGAUAAUAAAAUAGAUCAAAAUACUUAUACCAUUGUAUAUAUAGUGGCAAAACAUAAUGGACUCAAUGAGUUGUCAAGAUUUCGCAAGAUUUUGAAAUAACUUCCCAGCAAAUACUACACUCACCUCAAAUACCUUUACUUAUUUCAGGCAAGUUUGUUAAUCAGAACUCGCCUGUGGCUUCAAACUUCAAAGAGAUGGAGUCUGUGGCAGAAGAAAACCAAAUAUAUUUAUGAAGUAGAAGAUCUGUUAGAAAUACCCAAUUUUCAAGCCAGUUGGAUGAAUCUGGUCCCGAAUCAAACUUCGUCCAUUGAUUAAAUGGAGCCAGCCUAAUUAGUUAAAUAAACAGGAGGUUCUUUUGGUUCAAAUUUGACCAACUAAAAAUUAAAUCAAUUUGGAAUCCCUGUAAUUCUUGAUUGUCUGCUCUCCUACUUUGUAACGAAUGCAGAUAGAUUUCUAAAACCAGACAUAUUCAGAAAAUAAGGAUCAAUAAAUGAGGAGGAACAACUCUACACAUUGUUGAAUAAUGAGAAUUAUGAAUGUUUGAAUGUUGUUGAGGAUGUCCGAAUUGUUUGUAGUAUGAUCAAGAAAUUCUUCACUUCACUCCCAGAUCCGUUAAUUCCAUAAAACACUUUAAAAUUUAUUUUUGCUAUUAAAAAAUUAUUAGAAAUAACUCCUCAAACUGAGAUUGUCCUACUUGAAGAAGUAUUUGGCAAGUUGCCUAGUCUAAAUAGAGUGUUGUUGACAGUUAUGGUGAGCUUUCUGUUAUGUGUUGGCAAUUAUUCUGAGUUUAAUCACAUGAAUAUGAACAACUUGGCAAUUGUAUUUGCCCCUUGCUUUAUGAGAGCUCAAACCAAUGACAUUUCAUCUUUAGAACAGGUAGGUCAAUCUGUGAGGUUCCUAAAAGUUUUAUUUGACAACUUUGACAAGAUGUUCCAAAACGUUACAUUUAAACUAUACUUGCAAUAUAAAUAAACUCAAUCUUGUUCAUCAACCAGUAGCAAUAGUUCCACAGGCCCAGAAACUAUGUGCAAAAAUCAAAUUCUAUCAUCAUCAGAAGAUGAAAUCGUUCCUCAAUUCUAGCAAAAGUAGCAAUGA